AUGCCGGGUGUGCUACCGAGUGUUCGUCAAGGGGGUUCUGACGCUGUGGUGCCGGGCAUCUUUGCUGAUAUUUUGAGCCGAUCAGGCGAGGCCAGCGGUUGCGGGCGAACCCGAAUGGUCAUCGCGGGCGCGUUGAAAAACCCGAGUGAACUUUGGGGUCCCGGGCCGCUUGGGAUGACGCACUGUCUGCAGCCCGCUUCGAUGUUGCAGAUUUUAGUUGUACAGGAAUUUCACGACACUUUCACAUUGGAAACUUUGCAUGGCGCCUCGGAGCUGCCCGAAGUCCUCUCGAGACCUGAUGGCAAUAGUGUACCGGUAAAACCGAAUACCAUAGGACUGCAACCCAUCACAACUCGCAGUAUCAACACCGAAGACUUCGCCAGCGGAGCAUUUGCUAUACUUCGCUGCAAUUGCGAACGAAACAUGUUCAACUGA